GCCGGGCGGGUGCGCAAGGAGCGGGCGCGGAGCCGGCGGGCGGGCGAAGGAUAGCGCGGGCGCGGCACCUGCGGGCCCGAGGGUCUGGCUGUCGCAGCGCCGGGCCGCCCCGACUCCGAGCUGCUGCUAAGAUGAGUACAGUGUCGCAGCCCCAGGCUGCUCCCAGCCCACUGGAGAAGUCGCCCAGCACGGCGAUCCUGUGCAACACGUGUGGAAAUGUGUGCAAGGGCGAGGUGCUGCGGGUGCAGGACAAGUACUUCCACAUCAAGUGCUUCGUCUGCAAAGCAUGUGGCUGCGACCUGGCAGAGGGCGGCUUCUUCGUGCGGCAGGGCGAGUACAUCUGCACGCUGGACUACCAGAGGCUCUACGGCACCCGCUGCUUCAGCUGCGACCAAUUCAUCGAGGGUGAGGUGGUGUCGGCGCUGGGCAAGACCUACCACCCCGACUGCUUCGUGUGUGCCGUCUGCCGGCUGCCCUUCCCCCCCGGGGACCGAGUGACCUUCAAUGGGAAGGAAUGCAUGUGCCAGAAGUGCUCCCUGCCCGUAUCGGUGGGCAGCAGCGCACACCUGUCUCAGGGCCUCCGAAGUUGUGGGGGCUGUGGCACAGAAAUCAAGAACGGCCAGGCCCUGGUAGCCUUGGACAAGCACUGGCACUUGGGCUGUUUUAAGUGCAAGAGCUGUGGGAAGCUCCUGAACGCCGAGUACAUCAGCAAGGACGGGCUGCCCUACUGCGAAGCUGACUACCAUGCCAAGUUCGGCAUCCGCUGUGACAGCUGUGAGAAAUACAUCACAGGGCGCGUGCUGGAGGCCGGGGAGAAGCACUACCACCCUUCCUGCGCGCUAUGUGCCAGGUGCGGCCAGAUGUUUGCAGAAGGCGAAGAGAUGUAUCUUCAAGGUUCCUCCAUCUGGCAUCCGGCGUGUCGACAAGCAGCCAGAACUGAAGACAGAAACAAGGAAACCAGAACUUCCUCAGAGAGCAUCAUCUCUGUCCCUGCUUCCAGCACCUCAGGGUCUCCGAGCCGUGUGAUUUAUGCCAAGCUUGGUGGUGAGAUCCUGGACUACAGGGACUUGGCAGCCCUUCCUAAAAGUAAGGCCAUCUAUGACAUCGACCGCCCCGAUAUGAUCUCCUACUCACCCUACAUCAGCCACUCUGCAGGGGACAGGCAGAGCUACGGCGAGUCCCCUCAGUUGCUCUCGCCAACGCCGACCGAGGGGGAUCAGGAUGACCGGUCCUACAAGCAGUGCAGGACCUCCAGCCCAAGCUCCACCGGGUCGGUCAGCCUCGGGCGCUACACUCCGACCUCACGGUCACCACAGCACUACAGCCGUCCAGCUGGUACUGUGAGUGUGGGUACCAGUAGCUGCCUCUCCCUGUCCCAACACCCAAGCCCUACAUCCGUGUUCAGACAUCAUUACAUCCCCUACUUCCGAGGCAGUGAAAGUGGCCGCAGCACCCCCAGCCUCUCCGUGCUCUCUGACAGCAAGCCGCCCCCCUCCACCUACCAGCAGGCGCCUCGCCACUUCCACGUCCCAGACACUGGCGUAAAAGAUAACAUCUAUAGGAAACCCCCUAUCUACAGACAGCAUGCUGCCAGGCGAUCAGAUGGGGAGGAUGGAAGCUUCGACCAGGAUAACAGGAAGCAGAAGAGCAGCUGGCUGAUGCUCAAGGGGGAUGUACACACGAGGACCAACUCUCCAGACCUGGACACCCAGUCCUUGUCCCACAGCAGCGGGACUGACAGAGACCCUCUCCAAAGGAUGGCAGGGGACAGCUUUCACUCACGAUUCCCCUAUUCCAAAUCUGACCCUCUCCCAGGACAUGGAAAGAAUGGCUUGGACCAGCGGAAUGCCAAUCUGGCCCCCUGUGGAGCAGACCCGGAUGCCAGCUGGGGCAUGCGAGAAUACAAGAUCUAUCCGUAUGACUCCCUCAUCGUCACAAACCGAAUUCGCGUGAAACUGCCCAAAGACGUGGACCGGACGAGACUGGAGAGACACUUGUCGCCCGAGGAGUUCCAGGAAGUGUUUGGGAUGAGCAUUGAGGAUUUUGACCGCCUGGCCCUCUGGAAGAGGAAUGACCUUAAGAAGAAAGCCCUGUUGUUCUGACGGCCGCCAGCCUGCCCCGCCAGUGUGUGCUGGGCGCCGAGGCGAGGGGCCCCUGGCGAGAACCACGCACACCCCUCCCACACACCUUGCUCUGGCUUCUCUGUGUCGAUGGGGUGGGCGGGAGGGGGUCCCCAGCAGGUGCGGCCCCUGCACCUGCCAGCGACGUUCUGUAGUUUAGGGCCAAGACGCUAGCUUCACACCACCCUUCCCCGCUGUGGCUUGGUGUCAGGGAGAGUCUGCAGAGUGGCUGUGUCGGGUAUCAGACGGAGCACACAGGUGGCUGCAGCCCAGCCCACCUUCCCAGUGUCCUCGAGGUGCCCUGGCCCUGGUGCUAGGCACGUGGGGGACAGAGGUGGCCGGGAGCCAUGAGGCUUGUUGAUGACGGGUGCUGACACCAUCAUCAGCGGUGGGCACAUGGCCCUUCGGAGCCUGGGCAGCCUGGCCUCACAGGCAGACUCGCAGACGGGGCAGCGAGUGUCCGGGACAGUGCCAAGAGUGGGGUGUGUGAUUUUUGCAGGCGUCUGUGAUGGGUCUCUUUAGGGACAAAUGUCAACAAGGGACGAGACAGGGCACUUUCCGCCAGCGCCCCUCCAUGCGCUGCGUUCCUCUUCCAGAUCGCCCCCUAGAUGCCUACACAAUAUCUUUAAAGCAACACAGAAGUUUUUAUUUUAUUAAAAAGUAUAGCCUACUUAAACGCGAGAUGACAUAUAUAGAGUUUAAUUUUACGGUCCCUCCGCAGGGGAGCGGCCUCCAGCCUUAUUCUCCAUCGCUCGGAUCUGUGUGGUUUCAGUCUGUUCUUGGUGUGGUCCUCAUACAUACAGCUCCCUGUCUGGUUUCUUUGCUUUCUUUUUUCUUUUUCUCGUCACACAGGGAACCUUAAAGACAGACCCCUCUAAGUAACACUUUGUGAAUACAUGUGAAGUGUAGCCACCACUGUUUUCCUGGCUGUUAUUUUUCCAAGUCUUGGAGAGAAAACAUCCUCCUCUGAUGGCCAAAGCCCUGGAAUCAAGGGUCUCCCCGUACCCCGCCUAAUACCCAACUUAGCCCUUGGUGCACCAUCCUUGUGCUGUGGCUGGCGGUGUCUCAGCCUGAAACAUAAACCUCACACGCCCCAGGAGCGAUGUGCUCCCUGAAACAGACAACCACACGCUGUUAGGGAGAGAAGGAUGGAGAUAGGAUGGAGACAGGAUGGAGAUAGGAUGGAGAUAUGGCUCUUCUCAUCUUGGAAGCCAGCAGGGCAUCCCGGAGCAGGAGGCUGGCCAGGCUCCCCAAGCCAAGGCAUUGGUGUCUGUCAUUAGGUGUCUGUUAGGGUACAGCGCCGGCCGUCACAGGAUGCUGAUAAGCGCACUGAGAGGUGGAUGAAACACCAAAGUCUGUUUCCCCGUCCGCUGUGGGUGUUGCCUCUUUGUGUGUCUCCCGAUGUUCCUGCCUGUGAGUCGGCCUUACUCCGCUUCCUUAGCACCCAUGACAUGCCAAGUCCCGUUUCGCACUCAGCUUCUCACCUGCCCGGCUCGGCUAGGGAGGGGGAGUUUUUAGCACCUAAUAUGCUUCCUGCCUUUGAGCGAUCUGAGCCUGAGCAACUGGAAACCCCCAUUUCUCGUUAGUGCAAUGUCAUAUCUGAUCCCAGGAAGCCUGGAAAAUAAAAGACGAUGCAUUAUAA